AUGUUGAAGACGGACAUUAUAUCAAUACCGAUAUCUGUAUACAUACCCAUAUUGAAUAUGUUGGAAAUGCAAUGCCAUACUUUUGAGAAUGUGGUAGUUCCAGAUGCCCACUGUAAAUAUGCAGUCUUGUGGGUAAACCCUUAUCUCACCGCCUCUUUGUGGAUUCUCUCUACCUGCAGUGCGUUGAAAUGGAGGGGUCUGGGUCUUGGGUCCGGAGAAGGUGCUCCUAUCCCAGUCGUUUGUGCAUUUGCUUCCAGGACUGCGUUCACGAUGCUUUUCUUCCUUGUUCGCCAAAAGAUCUUUUCAUAUGAGGGUAUAGUCAUCAACUCGGAUCUGUGGUUGAGAAUGCCGCAAACUCAAGUAUCGGCUGUGAAACAUAGGAAUAGACACAAAUAA